AUGAUGAUGCAGCACGCUGAGUCUGGGACCAACGAGGAGCGGGUGAUCUACGACGAUCGCCCGCAUCCGGUGUUCAUCGUCACCCAGUCCUGGCGUUGGAUCGUGUUCGGGGUGCUGAUCUGGGGGUUGAUGAUCUGGCUCGACGGGCAGCAGCCGGGGUAUGGGCUGGUCUAUCUGGGGUGGGGGGUCUUGGUGCUGGUCGUGAUCCGGAUCCUGUACGCGGCUCUCGAUCGCGUGGUGCGUGUGCAUCGCUUAACAGAGCGCCGCGUGGUCAGCGGAUACGGGAUUCUCUCGACAGUGCGGUCCGAGAUGGGACUCGAUCGCGUCCAGCACCUCGUUGUGGUGCGGACGCUCGUGGAACGCCUCUUUGGGAUCGGAUCGGUCGGGAUCAGCAGUGCUGGGACAGGGAACGUGGAACUGGUCUGGAGAGGGGUUGAGAAACCUGAGCAGAUCCGCGAGAUGAUUCUCGCGGCCGCGGAUGGGUAUUCUGGGAGCGGAGCGACGAAUCGCCGGAUGCCUGUGAUCGGGCUCGUCGGCGGGAUCGGAUCGGGGAAAUCGACGGUGGCGCGUGCAUUUGAGGAUUUGGGGUGUGUGGUCUCGGAUUCAGACAAGAGCGGAGCGGCGGCACUCAAGCAGCCGACGGUGGUCAAGGAGCUGGUUUCGUGGUGGGGGGAUGAGAUCCUGGACGAGUCGGGGGGUGUGGAUCGCAAGAAAGUCGCACAGAUCGUGUUCAGGGAUCGUGACGCGAGGACCAAGCUUGAGGGGCUGGUGCAUCCGCUGAUCCACAAGGAUCGGCACGACCUGAUCAAAAAAGCACGCUCCGAUGGGGGGAUCCGCGCCGUGAUCGUGGAUGCUCCGCUGCUGUACGAAGCGGGGGUGGACAGCGAGUGCGAUGCGGUGGUCUUUGUGCAGACUCCCAAGCGGAUGCGUGUCCAGAGGGUGUCUGAGGGGCGUGGAUGGGACGAAUCUGAGCUGGAUCGUCGAGAAAAAGCCCAGAUGGGACUUGAACAAAAGCGGGAGAGGGCCGAUUAUGUAGUAGCCAACGGCGGCACGAAGAAUGAGCUGCCAGCUCAGGGGACCGCCGCGUCCAAGAAGAAGGCUGCGAAGAAGAAAACCACCAAGAAAACGACCAAGAAGGCCUCGACCACCAAGAGCGAUUCCAAAGCGGAUUCCAAAGCCGAGAGCAAGGUCGAAUCCAAGGUUGAAACGGAUUCAGGGUCAGGUCAGAACUCAGGGGACAACGGCGGAUCCAACUCCAGUGGUGGGGCCGGCAACGGUUCUGGCAGCGACGGCGAUGGGGGCUCACGACGACGCAAACGCAAGAAGCGACGCGGCUCCAGCGGUUCAGGGGGGUCAAGCAACAACGGCGGUCAGCAGAAUCGUCAGAACAAGCGCCAGCGGACAUCGUUUAACUACGGCGUGCUUCCUUCGGACGAGGAACUCGAACGCGAAGCCGAGGAACUCGAACGCAUCGUUGCUGCAUCUGGUGGGAAGAUGAUCGAGGAGGGCAUCACCCUCAAUGAUCUCCAGAAGAUGAAGAUCGACGAGGUCUUCGAGGUCGCGGAGAAGGAAGGACUCGAGGACUUCCAUCAGAUCCCGAAGCAGGAUCUGAUCUUCAAGAUCCUCAAGACUCGUGCCGCGAAGCAAGGGAUUAUGUUUGGAGAGGGGUCGCUCCAGAUCAUGAGCGAUGGGUUCGGAUUCCUGCGGAGUCCUGAGCUCUCGUACCUGCCUGGUCCGGAUGAUAUUUAUGUGUCUCCAUCGCAGAUCCGUCGAUUUGGUCUUCGUCGCGGGAUGACGGUACGUGGUGCGAUCCGUCCGCCGAAGGAGUCGGAGCGGUAUUUCGCGCUGCUCAAGGUGGAGACGGUCAAUGAUCGUGAUCCGCAGCAGAUCCAUGAUCUGGUGAACUUCGAGGACAUGGUCCCGAUGCACCCUGAGGAGCGGUUCUUGAUGGAGACCGAACCCGAUUCGAUCGAGACGCGGAUCGUGGACCUGGUCGCUCCGAUCGGGAAAGGACAGCGGGCGCUGAUCGUCGCGCCGCCUCGCACUGGUAAGACGGUGCUGCUCCAGAAGAUGACCAAGUCAAUCUCAGCGAACUUCCCGGAUACCAAGAUCUUCGUGCUGCUCGUCGACGAGCGUCCGGAAGAAGUGACGGACUUCAAGCGGAACGUCGCUGAGGGUGUCGAGGUGGUCGCCUCGACCUUCGACGAGCAAUCGUCGCGCCACGUCGCGGUCGCGGAGAUGGUCAUCGAGAAAGCGAAGCGUCUCGUCGAGUACGGCGAGGACGUCGUGAUCUUCCUCGAUUCGAUCACUCGAUUGGCUCGCGCGUACAACAACGAGAUCCCGCACUCCGGAAAGAUCAUGACCGGCGGUCUGGACUCCAACGCGCUCCAGCGUCCCAAGAAGUUCUUCGGCGCUGCUCGCGCGAUCGAGCGUGGUGGUUCGCUGACCAUCAUCGGGACGGCUCUUGUGGAUACUGGGUCCAAGAUGGACGAGGUGAUCUUCGAAGAGUUCAAGGGGACGGGUAACUCCGAGCUGCAUCUGGAUCGUCGUCUCGUUGAGAAGCGGAUCUAUCCCGCGAUCGACGUCGCGGCAUCGGGAACUCGCCGCGAGGAACUGCUCAUGGAUCCGAAGGAACUGGAGCUGGUGUACCGACUGCGGAAGGUCCUUGCGGACAUGAACGUGGUCGAAGCGAUGGAGCUGCUCAAGUCCAGACUCGGGAAGCACAAGACCAACGCUGAGUUCCUGAUGGCGAUGGCAUUGGGCUGA